ACAAAAACAAUCGUCAAUCAAUAAAAGUAAAAAUUCAGUAAAAAUUGAAAACAUAUAAUGUUUUAAGAUAAAAUCUGUAAAUACAAUAGGGAAUAUAGGGAAUUUAACAAAAUGAAUACGGAAAAGUAGAACAUUGAAAAAUGGGGACUCUCGCCAUUGCUGCUUUACGUUGACUGUGCCAAGAAUAUAGGAACGGCCGGAGGAGCUAUGAUUUCAUCAGUGCGCGGCGGCUGGAGGUGCGUGCUCGAGGCGGGCUCGGCGCGGCUGGCCGCAGUGCCGGCGAGGCGUUGCUGCGGAGGCGCGGCCCGUGCAGCCGCGCCGCCCGCGGGCAGGAAGCCGCGCUACGUGCUAGGCACUGCAACCGUGGGCCUAGCGCUUAUAGCUGCAGAGUAUGUUUACAACGAAAAAAAGUUCUUCAAAGCAGCAAAAGUUGGAAACAUACAAGAGUUAAGAAAGCAGAUCGAGGCGGCGCGCGCCGAGGGGCAGGGCGGCGGGGCGGAGGGGCCGGCCGACCGGCGCCACGCGCUGGGCUGGACGGCGCUCAUGGCGGCCGCCGCCAACGACCAGCCGGCCGCCGUGCGCGAGCUGCUGCGCCUGGGCGCGCGGCCCGACCUGGCGGAGCGCUACGCGGGCGCUUCGGCCGCCGCCGCCGCCGCCGGCCUGCACCCGCUGGAGGCGCUGCAGCGGCGCGAGGACGAGUUCUGCGGCGCCAUGAACGCGCGCGCGUCCUUCCUGGGCUGGACGGCGCUGCACUACGCCGCGCUGGCCGACUCGGCCGACGCGGCGCGCGCGCUGCUGGCGGCCGGCGCCGACCCCACGGCGCGCGACCACGCGGGCCGGCGCGCGCUGCACUACGCGCGCGAGCCGUCCGCCGCGCGCGACGCGCUCGUGGAGCACGCGGAGCUCUGGGAGCGCGCGGCGGCCGCGGCGGCCGCGGAGGAGCGGCGCCGCUUCCCGCUGGAGCAGCGCCUCCGGCAGUACAUCGUGGGCCAGACGGCCGCCAUCGACAGCGUGGCGGCCGCCGUGCGCCGCAAGGAGAACGGCUGGGCCGACGAGGAGCACCCGCUCGUGUUCCUGUUCCUGGGCAGCUCCGGCAUCGGCAAGACGGAGCUGGCCAAGCAGCUGGCGCGCUACAUGCACCGCGACGACCCGGCCGCCUUCAUCCGCCUCGACAUGUCGGAGUACCAGGAGAAGCACGAGGUGGCCAAGCUCAUCGGCGCGCCGCCCGGCUACGUGGGCCACGAGGAGGGCGGCCAGCUCACGCGCGCGCUGGCCCGGCGCGCCGACGCCGUGGUUCUGUUCGACGAGGUGGACAAGGCGCACCCAGACGUGCUCACGGUGCUGUUGCAGCUGUUCGACGAGGGCCGGCUGACGGAUGGCAAGGGCAAGCUGAUCGAGUGCAGGAACGCCAUCUUCGUGAUGACGUCCAACUUGGCGGCGGACGAGAUCGCGCAGUACGGCCUACAGCUGCGGCGCGAGGCGGAGGCGCGCGCGGCCCAGCGGACGCGCGCGCUACCCGCCGCGCCCGCCACUCCCGCACCGCCCUCCAAACCCGCCGCACCCGCCGCACCCGCCGCACCCGCCGAGCAAUCGGACGAGCAGUCCGAGGCGCGGGAGGGCGGCGACGGCGCCCCGGCGGACGAGGCGCUGCAGGUGUCGCGCAAGUUCAAGGACACGGUGGUGCGGCCCAUCCUCAAGCGCCACUUCGGGCGCGACGAGUUCCUGGGCCGCAUCAACGAGAUCGUGUACUUCCUGCCCUUCUCGCGCCAGGAGCUGCUGACGCUGGUGCAGAUGGAGCUCGCGGCCUGGGCCCACAAGGCGCGCGCGCGCCACGGCGUGGAGCUGCGCUGGGAGGGCGGCGUGCUGGGCGCGCUGGCGGACGGGUACGACGUGCACUACGGCGCGCGCUCCAUCAAGCACGAGGUGGAGCGCCGCGUGGUCAACCAGCUGGCGCUGGCGGCCGAGCGCGGCGCCGUGGCGCGCGGCUGCGCCGUGCUGCUGUCCGAGCGCGCCGGCCGCGUGCGCCUGGCCGUGCGCGCGCCCGCGCAGCGCGACUACGUGCCGCUGUAGCGAGCCGCGCUGUGAUACCCGUCGAAUAGCAUAUCUUGCCUGUCACCUUAACCGCGCAAAAAGCAAAGAGCGAUGGCGAAAUAAAAUCCACUAAGAAGUAUCCUAUCGGCACCGGUAUAUUCUGAAUCAAUUGUAAUUCUAUAAUCCCUAUCGAUAUCUUCCCGAAGUAAAACUAUGAAUGCAGCAUUUAACUGCUUUCGACUCCUCGAGAUCAUCUCUCGCUUGAUACAAACCGUCGGCAUUUCCCGAGGUGCUCAAUGAACGUAAUGGCACUCGAAGGGGCGAGCCACGAGCCGUUUCUUUCGUUUCAAACUUUCUAGUUAAUUCAGACAUCAAUUCCAUUGUUGUUAUAACAUUAAUUAAAAAAAAGCAAAGUAAUAUACUUAUUUUGUUAGAAUUUA